ACGCGCGGCCGCCAUCUUCCAGUCCCGGGCAGCCAGCGCCAGUGGGAGCCAGCGCGAGCCGCCGCCGCCGCCGCCGCCUCCGCCAAGCCCUCUGCCCGCUGCCCCCACCAUGUCGGCUACCGCUGCCACCGUCCCGCCCGCCGCCCCGGCCGGCGAGGGUGGCCCCCCUGCACCCCCUCCAAAUCUCACCAGUAACAGGAGACUGCAGCAGACCCAGGCCCAGGUGGAUGAGGUGGUAGACAUCAUGAGGGUGAACGUGGACAAGGUCCUGGAGCGGGACCAGAAGCUGUCUGAGCUGGACGAUCGCGCGGACGCCCUCCAGGCCGGGGCCUCCCAGUUUGAAACAAGUGCAGCCAAGCUCAAGCGCAAAUACUGGUGGAAAAACCUCAAGAUGAUGAUAAUCUUGGGAGUGAUUUGCGCCAUCAUCCUCAUCAUCAUCAUCGUUUACUUCAGCACUUAAAUCCCUGAGGAGUCUGCCCUGCCUAAGAAGGGCCUCUCCCCCACCCCCAGCCGUUCCUUCACCUCUCAGCCAUAUCUUUCAGCCCCCUCCCUUGGAUCCGUGUGUAUGUGUGUGUGUGUGUCCGUGUGUGUGCCCCUGUAAAUAGCCAGCUGUUAUUUAUACAUAUAUAAUAUUAUAUAUAUUUGGUCUGUUUGUAGUUUUAUUACUAGAAGAUUUUUUCCGGUUGUCCUUAAGGCCCCUUCCUGAGGUUCCCAUCACCUCUCUCUCUCACCCUCUGUCCCUUUUCCUCUUUCCCUGGUCAGCCCAAGUCCCUUCAUUUGCAUCUGCUAUGCAAUAGCCCCUCCUCCCUUCCUUAUCUUCCCUGGACCCUUCCCUAUCUUCCCUGGACAACUCCUGACCCUCCCAAAACAAAAACCAACCCCACAGAAACAGAACACUCCACGUGUCCAGGCUUCCCUAGGUAGCAUCUCUGUAUCCCUCGGGAGGCUCUGAGACUGGUUCCACUUGGUCCUAAGAAUCCCAAGGUUUUCUGGGAGCUUCCAACAUGUUGAUUAGCAUAUCAUUUACAUACCAAGGUCUUUUUCUGUUUCCUUGCUUUUUGUUCCAUUACUCUUCACUCUGUGUUUUUUUCUUUCUUUCUUUUUUUGAAGAGUUAGUCUCCAUUGGUCCUCUUAUCACACUUUUAUUUGCACGACAUUACCUGCAGGUGAUGGGGAGCCUGGGCUUUUGGGGAACCAGGCUGCUCUGGACCCCAGAAUUGCCCCUUCCCAGCCCCUCUAGUCUAGUUUGCCUCCCUUACCCCAUUUUCCAAACCUCGUGUACCCUCCUCUCCCUCCCCCCAGCUGGUGUGUAAGUGUUGUGGAGUUUAGUGUGUUAUGACGGACCAAUAAUUCUGCCACUCGGGGUCUCUCCCUACAUUCCUGCUCCCCAGUUUUCAUGUGGGGCACUCAGCUGACAUUCCCAGGAGGCCUCCCUCCCUCCCAUCUGCCUGACCCGCUGCCCCCUCUCACCAGGAGAACUGGGGGCCGACCACAAUCUGACUCUUUGAGGGGGGUGGCUCCAGGGUGUGGGGUCAUCACUGCCGUGUCCCUCCUGAAAUCUCUGGCCUCGUCCUUGCUAGAGGUUGGACUGAAAUCUUUCCUCCCCAAUCUGGGGGUGUUACCCCCAUCACUGCCCAGCUCCUCUGACUGCCCCCUGUAUUCAGGUGGGGUACUAGUCACUGCCAAUAUGGGUAUGGGACUUGCUGGAGAAUGGGGAUCCCCAUCCUUCUCCAGGGCUGUUGAGCCGAGAGAGAGAGAGAGAGAGAGAGAGAGAGAGAAAGAGAGAGAACAAGCUAUUCCCUUGUUCCCUUGUUGGGUGAAACGAUAAGAGGAAGGAUCUAAUCUUUUAAAAUGGCACAGUUUUAGGGGUCUGAGGGUACAGCCCCUUAACCUGCCACUGGGGGUACCCUCAAACUCUCCCUCCCUACACCAGGUUUUCUGUGUGGAGGGGAACCAAGGAGAUCUAAACUGUGGUGUGAAAGGGUAGGAGAGAUGCUGGGGGUGGGGGUGCUUGUGUUUUAGACCCCCAAUAUUAUCCCAGUGUCCCCUGCCUUCCUUCUUCCCCUACCCCAUGCCCCCAAUUCUGUGGCGCAUCCAGAUUGUGAAAAUGUACAAUAAACGUGUAAUGAGUAA